CUAGUUCAGUUGUCGACCGGGCCAUUUGGCCAUAUAACAAUAUACCAAAAUUGUUGAAACCAAGAAAUGUGAAUAAAACCAAAGAUGUUACGCUAUAGACAUGUGAUCAACCUGCUGCAGCGUCGUCCCUACACUGCUGUACCUCCUCUACCACCCGGUAGCAGCAAUGGCAAUAACUCCUCCGAUCCUGAAGAUAAUCAUCCCAUACGUCGAACACUUCGUAUACUUGGAAAUGAUAUGCGCAAGGUGAGAGACUUUUUUGUGCCCAAGGAACCGAUACAAGAAGAUGUCUCUGAGCGGAUUGUAGUGAAAAGUAAAUUUAAAUUCGAUGGUGACAAGUCGAAAGGUCGGGAUCGCAAGGUGGAUGACUUCCAGACGCAUUGUGAUGUUCUAGUUGUUGGAGGAGGAGGUGUAGGCAGUUCCAUAGCCUAUUGGCUAAAGGAAAAGGCUCGCGAUGGUCUUAACGUAGUUGUGGUCGAGAAAGAUGACACGUACACUAAAUCCUCAAUCCCCGUCUCCAUUGGCGGCAUGUGUCAACAAUUCUCGCUACCAGAAAAUAUACAAAUGUCACUUUUUGCUGCCGAUUUCAUGCGUAACUCUCGUGAGCAUUUUGGUACUGAAAUUCCGCUAAACUAUUCCCCUCAUGGGCAUUUGAUUCUGGCUUCUACGGCAGAGGAAGCUGAAAGACUAAGACAAACAUCGCAGAUACAAAACGAAUUUGGUGCGCGAAAUGAAUUAUUAAGUCCCGAACGUCUCGCCAUGCGAUUCCCCUGGCUCAAUACCCAGGGUAUAACUUUAGCAUCCCAUGGACUCGAAAAGGAGGGAUCGUUUGAUUCGUGGUCUUUACUGGCCAACUUUAGACGUCAAGCUACUGGCCAUGGUGCCCACUUUGUUCAGGGUGAGGUGGUGGAUUUUCUUUUCAAGAAAGACUCUGACAUAGUAGUUGUGGGCGAUGAGAGCUCCAGCUAUAAUGGUCUCGAUAAAGCUGUCAUACAGAUGGCUGAUGGUUCACAAAGAUCUGUUAAAUUUGCUCUUUGUGUUAUAGCAGCCGGGUCCAAUUCUGGACAAGUGGCACGUCUGGCUAAGAUUGGUGUAGGAUCAGGCAUGCUGAGAAUCCCUCUACCAAUUGAAUCCCGCAAGCGUAACAUGUUUAUACUCAGCACACAGGAACAAAAUGCUCCCGGCAUGGCCAUGCCCAUGAUAGUUGACUCCUCCGAAACAUUCGUACGACGACAUGGUUUGUGUGGCCACUACAUUUGUGGUCACAAUGGUGGACAAUUGUCACAAGAACCAGUAGAUCAACCAUCCAAUACAGAAUAUUUUGAGAAGCAUGUAAAGCCAAUUCUUAGCCAAAGAAUUCCAUCGCUCGAUUCGGCUACAAUUGAGAAUAGUUGGUCGGGCUAUUUUGAUUACAAUGUCUAUGACGACAAUGGCAUCAUUGGUCCACAUCCAUAUUAUAAUAAUUUAUAUGUAGCUGCAGGCUUCAGUGGUCAUGGUAUACAACAAUCCUUGGCUGUGGGUCGUGCCAUAUCCGAACUAAUCAUGGAUGGACAAUAUCGUACCAUUGACUUGUCGCGCCUGAGCUUUGAUCGUUUGAUUGUAGAUCAGCCCAUAUACGAGUUGAAUAAUGUUUUAAGUUAGUCCAUAAGUGUUGAUUGUAUUUUAUAAGGAAACAAACCUCCCAAGGAGGGCUACAAAAUAAACACUUUAAAGUGCUUGUACAAUUUGAAGAGAAAA